UAAAUAAACGUUAAAAAAAAAUUAAAAAAAAAAAAAAAAAGAAAGAAAGAAAAAUAGAACUUGGACUUUGCAGCCAGACUGCAUGUGUUUGAGUUCCAGCUUCAGCAUUUGUUACUUGAUGAUCCCAAGCAGAUUACUAGUAUUUCCUGUGCCCAGCUUCUUGAUCCAUAAGAUAAUACUAGUACCUAACUCAUGGGGUUUCUUGAAAGGGUUAAAUGAGCUAAUACUUACACUGCCUAGUGUACAGUAAAUAUUGAUACUAGAUAUUAUCAGUUAUUUUUCAAAGAAAAACCAAAUGACCUCUUUCUCCCUUAGGUUAAAGUAAUUUUGACUCAGCUUUGGCUCCCGUAGCAGCAGUAAUAAUAGCUCCUGUUUCUUGAAUAACUUCUCUGUGUCAGUGCCAGAAGACUAGAAACUUAGUGCCUAAACCUUAAGAACAAUUCUAUAAUGAAGAUACGUUAUCUCAUUUUACAGAUGUGGGUUUGAAUAUAAACUUCCAAGUUGAACUGCAGUUUUGAGAUUAUAUUGUUACUGAUUUCGAAAGAUUUCUUUGUUAGAUGUCAGAAAGUACGGCAACGUAUUUAGGAAUACUUAAUGUCCACAUUCAACAAAUAAAAUUCAUUGAAGCCAAAAUUCUAAAAACACUUAAAAUAGCUUUCAUUUCACAGUAUCUAAACCGCCUCCCCUUCCGGCACUGGUUUGUCGUUGCAGCGAUUAUGCACAGGGAAUGUACAAAUGAACACAACGAGCGUGGUCCUCGGAUAAAAGCAAAACUGAAGUUAGGGACUGAGAUCUUGUGAAAGUUAUUACGCGCGUCUGAUAUUGAAGGUUGAUUAAAGUAGAUUCCUGGUUACCGUUUGAAUUGUUUUCGGCUGCACUGUACUUACUGCAUUGUCUUAGGGCUACGGGACUCUAUAGGUCACACGUAGAUUAGUCUGGACACUCUUAACCAACCUUUAGUGGUGUCACAAUAUCUAGUUGCUGGGUUGUUUCUAAAUGUUUAUGUUUCCUGGUAUGACUUAGUGUACUUCCUUUGCUACAUUAUUUCCCUUAGCAGUCUCUACUCCUUAUGGCUUCAGCUUCAACCAGUACAAGCUCGCUGUUGAACUUCCGAUUCAUAUUUGCAUGUAAUCUACUGCUUUAUGUCUAAGAGUAAGCAUAGAGUUAAAGCUUAUUAGUCUAUGCUAAUUAGAUUUAAGACCCAAACUGACUCCAUCAUUCCUUACACGCCCUGCGUGUCCCAAAUAUAUAUAUUUGUCCCUGUGGCACCAAAUAUAACAGCUCUCCCAGAAUUCCCUCCUUUGAUUAUGAUGACAUCAUCAUCCACAUGAGCCAGCUUAAAUCUCAUAGUCAUCCUGCAUUUCUCCCUCUUUCAUAUUCCAGUAUUUAAUUGGUUGUCACGCCCUGUGGGUUUUAUGGGUUUUUUUGUUUUUUGUUUAUUUAAGCAGGCUCCACCCCCCAGUGCUGAGGCCAACAUGGGGCUUGAACUCAUGACCCUGGGAUCAAGACAUGAGGGACUAAGAUGGAUCUUGUACUCAGUGCUGCAGAUUAUUAUUUUUUUACGCCGUACAUCUACCCAGCCUCGUGGCCUGAGGACGACAUCUUCCGACAGACUAUUAGUCUCCUAAUUGUAACAAAUCUUGGCGCUUAUAUCCUUUAUUUCUUCUUUGCAACACUGAGCUAUUAUUUUGUCUUUGAUCAUUCAUUAAUGAAGCAUCCACAGUUUUUAAAGAAUCAAGUCUAUAGAGAGAUUACGUUUACUGUGCAGUCAUUGCCGUGGAUUAGUAUUCCCACUGUUGCAUUGUUCCUGCUAGAGUUGAGAGGUUACAGCAAAUUAUAUGAUGACAUAGGAGAGUUUCCAAGUGGCUGGUUUCGGCUCAUUGUUAGUAUACUGUCCUUCCUCUUUUUCACUGACAUGCUGAUCUACUGGAUUCACAGAGGCCUUCAUCAUAGACUUGUGUAUAAGCGCAUACACAAACCUCAUCAUCUCUGGAAGAUUCCUACUCCAUUUGCAAGUCAUGCUUUUCACCCCGUGGAUGGCUUCCUUCAGAGUCUACCUUACCAUAUAUACCCUUUUAUCUUUCCACUACACAAGGUGGUUUACUUAGGCUUGUACAUCCUGGUCAACAUCUGGACGAUUUCCAUUCAUGAUGGUGAUUUCCGUGUUCCCCACAUUUUAAGGCCAUUUAUUAAUGGCUCAGCCCAUCAUACAGACCACCACAUGUUCUUUGACUAUAACUAUGGACAGUAUUUCACCUUGUGGGAUAGAAUUGGAGGCUCAUUCAAAAAUCCUUCCUCCUUUGAAGGGAAGGGACCACUUAGUUACGUGAAGAAGAUGACAGAAGAAAAAUGGAACAGCCACGCAGAAAACGGUUGUAAAAAUGGAAAAUUAUUCAGUGGAGAGCUUACAAAGACUGAGUAGUAGAUUUUUGCCCUGUUAUUGAAUACGACAAAAUAUUUUUAGUUAAGGAAAAAUAAUCUACAUACAUACAACCAAGAGACAUAGCAGGUAAAUGGUAUUUGAAAGUCCACGUUGUGGGUUCUGCUCAUCAUGAUGGUAGGUCAAGGAAAGAUGCUGUCUGUGAACACCAAGAUUUUCAACCUCGUGCUUACAAUACUAAGUGUUGGUCUAAAGGGCAAGUUAUGUCUUUCUAGCCAGCGUAUCUAUAAUUUGUAUAGCCUCAGUGGUUUUUGUAAGGAUAGAGAAUAAAUUAUUGAGGGGACUAGGUUAUGUCCUUUUGCCUUAAUCCACCCAUACUGAUUAAGAGAAAUAUGUUAUGCUUGAUAAUACCAACACUAAGCAUCAUAACAAAGAAAUACUAAUAGGAAUAGGGUUCCUUAUUUCAGGAAUGGUUAAGUCUUCAGUGUUGGUAUGGUAAUGACUACCCAUAGUGUUUGUUCAAGUGGAAACAUCAGUGUGAAAAAAAACUGAUAAAACAUUAGCAGCCAAGUAAAUGACCUAAUUAAUAGCAGGUAUAAGAAGAUUAUCGUCUUCCUACAUGUAGGAAGCUUCUCUGUAGACAUUGUCAAAUAAUUGCAUUUUACUGAUGAAAACAUAAACUAGAAUUUUUAAGAAAAUGUUCAUACUACCAUGAUUUAAUCCAAACCUGGGACUAUUUUAAGAUUUUGAUGGUUAUUGUUUUAAACCAUUGUUUAAUAAGUAUUAUGUGAACCUGAGUAUAUUUAGAAAGGGAAAUUUGAUGCCCAAGUAAUAUAUUUGACAUUACUGCUUUUUUAAUUAAAAAGAUGCACUGCACUUUUGAUAUGUUUCAAAGUUACAAUCUGUAAUUUCCUAUGAAAGGAAGUAAUUGCCAAAAAUUUAGGCCUAUCACUGAAGAUUAGCUUUGAAAUCUUAUUUUCUCUCCUCUCCCUUCACUUUCCCCCACAUUCUGUGCAAGAUUUAACAAAUACUUUCGUAAAGAAAUGUUGUGUGUUGUAGCAAAUAUGUUGGAAAAACAUGAUUUGGAAAGGCAUUCUAUAAGCUAUUUAUGUAAAAUCAAUAAAAGUUGAUUAUCACUAUUAUUAAACUGUAUCAGUUAAAUAUUGUAACCGCACAAAGUAUUCUUUGUACAAAUUUUGUGUCAACUUGAAACCACAGACAUGAUGUGGAUUGUUGAAACUUUUAAAUGUUCCCAAAUGCUCGGAGUCAAGAGAGAAAGAAGGGGGUAGCACAUUCUUUUUAUAUUCACAUUCUUACUAGACGUGAGUGUUUUAGCAAGAGACCCGUCAUAAAACGUAAUGCUUGGUGUCCUGAAGAAAGUAUUUUUUUCUGAGUUACUGUUGACAGGGUCCUGCUACUUAAACAUACUAGCGUACCAGCUGGUGUUCUGUAACUGACAAAUGCAGACAAGUGAUGUUCACUAACCCCCCUGGCUCCAGUGCUCCACUUGGACCCCCCCAAAAUUAGGAAAUUAAGCAAACUUUGUUUCCUCUGAUAAUGACAGCUAAUAUUCAAGUUUUCUAUUUCUGUUUCAGUUUUGGUAGUUUAUCUGUUUCUAGGAAUUUACCCGUUUCUUCCAGGUUGUCCAA